AUGGGCAUUGGAGGGCAUGGACUCUUUGCCCAGGCUGGCAAACCCUCAACGGACAGCAAGACAUUGGUUGGGCUGAGUGCGUCGGCUUCGAACUCCUUGUUCGCACCAUCCUCGAUGCCAGCCCCAUUGGCUCGGGACUACAUUUCCUCAUCUUCUGCGACAACCAGGGCGUUGUCAAUGGUUGGAAGAAUGGGAGAAGCCGGAACAGAGAAACAAACCUUGUUUUUCGACAAAUCCAUGACCUACUUGAAUCGCGCAAUGAUGGGACCUCCUUCUACCUGCAGUACAUUCCCAGCGGAGACAACCCCGCAGAUGGGCCCUCCAGGGGAAUUUUCCCGCCCAACCAUCUACUCCUACCCCCAGUAUCACUGCCUAGAGAGUUACACCUCCUCGUCUGCGAUGCUGACCUCUCCUCAAGCGCCAGGCAGCACGUGGGCGACCAUCAGUGCUCAGAUGAUCACGAGGUCACCAUCGACAACGAGGACAGAUACUGGGAGGAACAACUGUGGCAGCUCCGCACCACAUGGGCUGACUGAUGGCUCUCGUUUCAUAUCAUCAACCCCAAUCGCUGUUACUCACCAUAAUGUCCCAGCACGUCCGUACGACUCACGUCUCACACCCAAUCCCUCCCCUCUGCGUCCCCAUUGUCUAGCGCGUGACCGUCUUCGUUUAUGGUGCCCACAAGUUCCUCGUUCGCGCCUAGACCACACAGGUUCCUUGGUCAACAUCUCAGACAACGACAUAGACUGCAUCAUCACCGUUCUUGCUCACUCCCACGCACCAAACACGAAGGAAACUUAUGGCUCAGGGCUGCUGGUGUUCCAUGUAUUCUGCGAUGCUUGGAACAUCCCAGAAGAGCAACGUUGUCCCGCUUCACCCGUACUCAUCCUAGCCUUCAUUGCAGGAUGUUCGGGACUGUAUUCAGGAAAAAGCCUCGAAAAUUACUUCUACGCAAUCAGGGCCUGGCAUCUGCUGCACGGCCAACCUUGGCUCGCUAACCAUGAUCAAUGCGCUCUUGCCCUUGCAGGAGGGAAGCGACUAGCACCACCUACCUCCAAGCGGCCGAAACGGGCUCCAUUUACAGUGGACUUGCUGAUAGCAAUUCGCUCUACGCUCGACCUCACAUCUCCACUACAUGCUGCUGUCUAUGCUUGCUUGACUACAUCUUUCUGUUACAAGUAA